CGAGCCUUCGCUGCCAUAGAAACUCUGAAACUUGGGCGCAACAGUUUGAGUAGUUUAAAGAAGAUUUUAGCUGAUAACGCUACUAUUUUCAUCUUAAAACAAAAAUCAAGUGCGGGAUAAAUUGGUGCUUUCUAAUCUUUAGCCUGCACUGAUCGUUUGUAUUGUGUGAUUCCAGGUGUACCUUUAUGGUUCAGCAGACUAACUAUUUCAACAGAAGAUGGCCAACCCAGCAAAUUACCCUGAAAACAGAGCUGCAAAAAAUUUAAGUGAACGAGGUGGUCAUAAAAAGGAGCACAUCCAUAAUGAUCGACAUCAUAAGAGUCAUUCCCGUCCUCACAAAAAUCAGGACGAUGGCAGCAGAAACUCCAGAGGAAGGGACUACUCAGAACGAAACAGGGACCCAGAGAGAGAUGUGAGGAGGGAAAUGCAUGAAGGGAAGAGAUCUCGAGUUAGAGAUCCCCACCACCAUGGACAUCAUGUGAGGGAUGAUGAGUACAGAAUGGAAAGGGAAUAUCGUAAAGGGGAGAAUCGAGACUAUCACUACAAACAUGAGAGAGAACAUCAUUCACAAACGUAUGAAAACUCAUCACAUAGCAAACACCAGCCAAAUUACAGAUAUGAAAAAGAAACUCCACUACCAGAUGAUGGUCAAGUUUACAGACAUAAAAACCAUACUGAAACUGUAUCACCUGAAUAUAUCAUAACUGAAGACAAAAGAUCUGAGAUGCAUUACUUCAAUCAUGAUGAUUCAGAAGAAAUUCUAAAUUGUUACAAGUGUCGUUACCUCUGCACAAAUCGAGGUAUAGUUCAGAUGUUGGAGGCCACAUUAAAUAUGCUGGUGUUGGUGUGUGUGGUGGCAUCAUACAUUAUUCUCUCAGGAUACAGCAGUAACGGUGGAUUGGCAACAAGCUUCUUCAGCAUCAACAGCGAUUAUUCUCCACUUGAAGGGGAACAACUGAAGGAAGUGCAGAAACUUGAUCGAGAGUUUAUUGUAAUGAGAGCACCUGAACUCUACACAGGCAUUGGUGUUUCCAUUGCUCUGUUUGCCAUCACCCUGGGUAUUAUGAUUAAGGGUGCUCAGGUUUUACAUAACAUGUCCCUGAAGUGGUUGAUACUUGAACUAAUAUUCAAUAUACUGGCAUCUCUAGGUUAUGCAGCAGCAGUUGGCGCUUACUUGUAUUUUGUCCUCCAGAUUAAUGCUACUGAUGUUUGCAAGAGGAGGGAGCUUCUUUAUGCCAGGUAUGGUCUGAACUGGAUGAAUUGUGAUUUAGCUGGAUCGGAUGCUGCAGCUGCCUGCUUUGGCAUACUUCUUGCUAUAUUUUAUAGUGUUAGUGCAAUACUGGUUGUACAAUUUUACCGAAAGGUGAAGAAACAAAACAAAGAUACUUCACAUUCUUAAUAUAUGUAUUAAUUCCACAGAAGCUUCAUAGUUGGUAUAGCUGGAAAGGGCACAGAAUAAUAUGCAGCAGCAUAUAGAAUACAGAGAUGUGAUACAAAGCCAAUGUGAAAUAAUCAUCUGGGAAGGGGCACCUUAGCUGACCUAACAGAAAGGGGAAACUUGAACCAGGCUUCAUCUUUAUUCAGUAAAUCUUACUGCACACAACGGAAAUCUAAAAUAGAAUUGGAAUGCUGCAUUUGGCAAAGUUCAAUGUAGAAGUUUAAUUAUUCAAAAUGUCAAGUUGGACACAGCUAUGCCUCAACUCGAAUCACUGCAUUUUAGAGGUGGUGAUAAUUUGGAAGCUGAUGGGGGAACAACUAAAAAAUUACAAGUCUAACUUUUAAGGGGGUAGUAAUCAUUACCUUUAAAAAGUCUAGAUAUAUUGGGUUGUGGGCAACGUAUAAUCAGAAUCAGGUUUAUUAUCACUCGCAUGUAAUGUUAUGCUAAAUAGAAAAACAACAAUCAGGGCCAGGUACUACAGUCUCUUGAAACUGCUAUUAAAACUGUGGAUGAUCUGAUUGUUGGCCUCCUGACUAUACCUCCCUGCCUGAUCCUCAUGACCUUUAAUUUCUCCUUUAGUCCAAUAAUCAAUCUAGGCUGAAAUAGAUUUUUAAAAAAACAGCGGUCAAUAUCCCUUCCACAAGAGGUUCUUCCUCAUUUCAUUCUUAAGUAGCUCACCACUUAUCUAGUAUACACCUCUGCUCUAGAUAAUAAAAUCUCUUUCCGAAAUUAUUGAAUUUGAGAUAGAAACAGGUAAUUUAACCUAACUUGUCCAUACUGGCCAGUGGGUACCAUUCUGUAUUAAUCUCAGUGAAGAUUGCCCUCUUUGCCAAAAUGAUUCAGGGUUCAUCUAGGCACUUAAAUGCUGUCAGCAACCCAGCUUCAAUAAGACUCUUAGUCAGUGUAGUCUACAUACUUGCCACUCUCUGGGGGAUGAAGUUCCCCUCACUGUCUCUAGAACUCGUCCCCAUUACGCUCAAUCAAUGUUCUCUAGUUGUCUACCCUAGUAUAAGGAAAUGUUUCUUGCAGUCUACUUUAUAAAAAAAAAGCCUUAAUAUGUUAUUUUCCUCAAACAUGUUCCCUUUUAAGUGCCUGUGCUCCAAUCCCCACUCCCCCUAUAAUGAAGUACUCCACUCCAGGCAACAGUGUAAUGAAUGUCCCCUGCACCCUCUCCAGUGCUAUCACAUUCUUCCUAACCAAAACUGCAUGCUGUACUCCAAUUGUGAUCUGACCAAGGUUUUAGCAUAACCUUAUGCACUCUGUGCCCCACUAAUGAAGGUCAAUGUUCCACAUACCUUCCCAACCAUGCCAUCUAUCUGCAUUGCCAUCUUCAUAUUUAUAUUGACGUACUCCCAAGUUCCCUCUGUUCCUCAACGUUCCCAAGGACCCUACCGAUACUAAUAGUUAUUAGUAUUGCCAAAACGCAUCAUCUCAAAUUGGUUAUUUUAACCCCAUCCUAGCAAUACACAUC